AUGGAGGCUGUAAAGAUGUCGGUUCUGAUGGGGAUAGUUCUACUAUGUACAAUACUAACAGUUCAGGCGAAUGACGGUACAAGUCCCGAACCUGGAUCACAGCCUCCUCCCGGCGACAGUGGCGAAAGUGGCGAGGAGGGUAGACCUCCACGACCUUCCGGUGACGACCAUUUCGGCUACAAAGAUGACGGUGAUGAUGACGACGACGAUGAUUGUGACGAUAAAGAUGAGAAAAUGAAAGAAAAGGGAAGGAUGGGAGAUGAUAUGCACCAUAAAGAAGACCAUCGUGAUAAAGAGGAACACAACGAGCACAGUAAAAGCAAGAGAUGCAGCCGCAAGAAAAUAGCAAAGAUCUUGAUCAUCGUCGGCUGUGGUAUCGCCAUCAUCGGUACAGGUGUCGGCCUAACUAUCUGCUACAUGCGGCACCAACGCCAAAAGAGAAGACACGUGAGUGACUCAAAGACCAACCUGCACGCGCCAGGUGACCGCGAGAAGGUGUACAUGGUCCCAAGCACACCUACCACGCCCCAGAACAAGCAAUCUGUACUCGACUUCCCCGUGGUAUCACACGCACCCCUCCCUGGGAAGGAGUAAAGCCCAGACUGGCAACUGUCAUUAAGGGCGUCGGUAUAUGAAUUGUGAAAGACAAAUACAUGUGUAUAUAUGGCAAUUAUUAAGAAUAAGAAAAGAGAGGCCUAUUUUUCCAUCAUAUUUUAGUGACAGAUGUGACUAGAUCCUUGGAGCAAUUGUUUCAUUGUUGUAACUUUGUAUUCUUCUGAUGGGUCACACAGCCGGGAGGAUAACAUUUCUGUCGUUAUUUUAAAGAGUAUAUCUUAUCAAGAAUCACCAUUUAGUCGUUUGCCUAGAAUAUAUUUUUUUUCGUUUCCGUAUCCAUUUACAGAUUUCUGUUUUACAGCAGCUUUGUUUUAGCUAGUUUUUACAGCAGCUUUGUUUUGGCAAUAUAGUGUAUCAUGUUCAAGCUUUCGGCUGUAGUAUCACAUAUCCAACACACCACAAUACCUUGUAGACGGCCUUGUAUAGAAGAGUUUUUGUUUCCAUCUAGUCAGUUUAGUGGUAUUAGCUAAACUUUUGUAAUGAGCAGAUCAUUUGAACGUAUAUAAAACAAAGUGUCUACAUGUGUUUAUAACACCAUACCACACAAGGAACACAUUAUACAGGCUUCUUAAGUUCAGUGUACCUUAGGUAUACAGAUUUUUCACGUUUUAUAAGUAAGGAUUUAUCCACUAAUGUAAAUGCAUGGCAGAUUUGUUAAAUUGACAAAUGU